ACGGCCGUCAACGUGUGCCCUCAAAAUUCUCUAAAUAAUGCAGCCAACAAUGCCCACAAACACUUCCUCCUGUUUAACCGCAAAAGCCGUCAACGGAAACUGAAAACCUUGACCCCUUUUUGUGAGCGAAAGAAGAGAACAUGAAAACCUGAAAUAGAGAUACACAACAGACUGCCUUUGUGUGCAUCCCCUUUGUGUGAGAGAGGAGGGAAGAAUUUUCCAAGGAGACUUCCCCCUUUGCUGCCACCGAUCGUCCGUUGUGUGUCUCUUUGAUUCCUUCCAUUUUGAUUGAACAUUCGAACAAAAGAGAGUGGACUGAAAUUAGUAGCUAUAGCUAGCCAAGCCAUCGGUACGAAUGAAGGGAUAGAGGAACGAUGCCUCUGCUGCGAAUACAACGAAGCUCCAGCAGUGCGAGUUUGAAGUUGUGGGAAAGUCGAACCACCACCUUUGAACACGACUUGUACAACAACGACGACGACGACGACAACGAGAACAACGGCAAUAACAACAAUCAGAGAAGAUCCAAUCGACAAAAAAUGAGGGAACCUGCCGCUCAAAGACUGAUGAAUCAACAGAUCGAUCGUUCCGAUUCGGCAGAUGCCGAGAGCCUUACCAAGCGUAGAAGCUACGGAAGCAACAUUGGUAUUGGCAAACCCGUUCGGCAGUACAAAAAGUUGUUUCCAGAGAGGCCCUUGCCUGAUUUUGUAGCGGGCAAGUCAUCAUCCUUCCAGAUCCCAAACGAAGAAGGGAUUGAAGCCGUGCUGCCACCGGGAGAAAUGGAACCUUGGAAGGUGCCGCAAUCUCUCAAAAGAUAUAAAGAACCCAAACUGCCAACCAAACGAGGGGAAAGACCGCUGGCUCAGCAGUAUUCAGAAUUCCCCAGACAUACACGAUGGAGCUGCUUUCCUUCUGCAAGUCACUUUCGGAAAACACAUCAGAUUCCACACACCAUCACCUCCUCGGCCCCACCAGCCAUGACGGCGUCGUCUUCUUCGGAGGAAGGCAUUCGCCAAGAACGAUUUGACCAAUCCUUUGAGCUCUAUCGUUCUCGCGAGAGUUUCGAACAGCAGCAGCAGCAACAACAACCACAACCUCAGCAUGAACCAGACUAUGCCGUUGUGGCCAACGCCUGGAACACACCCAUCCUGACGCCUGCUGGCAACGGCUUUGUGGAUCGAUGUCUUGCUGAUUCAACGUUUUCCUCCUACUCGUCUUCCAACGCAUCGUCUCCACCAGAUCCAGAUCCGGUAGCCUUGUCAAAACAGCACAAGCCACAAGACGACUACGACAACAACAAGAAGAAAAAGAACAACGGAGAUGGAAGCAUUACACAGGGUGCAGAUGCGACCAACAAGAAGAAACCAAAAUGGAAGCAACGACUCUUCUUCUGGAGCAACAGCAACAAUAAGAUGAAACGUAGUCAAAGCAUGGAUCAAAUGCCCACAACGGCAAUAUCACCGUCCACUCCUACACGAGAACUUCCCAAUGCCAGAGAUUGGGCAAAACGUGAAGAAGAAGAACAACAAGAAAACGCCAAAUGGGAAACUAGAGUGGAUGGGGACUUUGAAGUAGAAUGCGAGUAUCGAGGGGAUGUCAGUGUGAAGGAUUGGUUCACGGCACGAGAUCAAUCACCGUUUGUGGGACUGAAUACCACCGCCGACACUGCAGCUGAACACGUUGUGGGUACGGAAGAACAACAGCCUCCUCCUGUUGGACAUCCAGAAGAAAGCUUGUUGGAAACACCCUCGUCGUCGUCAUUACCAUCUCCUGGUGUGAUGGAAUUGGGACAGUACGCAAGAGAAAAGCGUUCCAAAGCUGCAAGCAAUUCCAAAUCCAAAUCACCUUCGCCUCGUUCACGACAAAAGCCUGGUAUUCUCUGUGCCUUGCCCAGCUUUGGCGGUAGCUCCGCCAAAGCCAAGCAGAGCAAGACAUUGGAUAUUGAUGAUGAUGAUGAUGAUGAUCUGGUCAACUUUCCAGACCCCGAGUUUGCGGAUGUGGAGGCGUCAGACGAUAAUUCAUAUUUGGCAGUAUCUUACACGGAAGAGGGCGCCCAGCUAGUCAUGCAACAAUCGGGCGAUUUCUCCAACAACGAUGUUGCCGAUUACCAACCCCUUCACCUUCAUCAGCAGCAAGAAGAGAAGCAGCGGGAGGCUUUGCACCAGCAACAAUUUCAAGAACAGACACCGCACGUAGAAGUAUCACCCACUGGGUUUGCAGAACAAGAAUUUUUGGAUGACAUUGUGGAUGAACUGCUUCUUGAAGAGACGGACACGCACAUGGAUGAUUCGCUGCAGUAUCUUGGACAGUACUCCAUCAAGUCGGCAUCACAGAGCCAAAGGAGUGGUAACAACAAGAACUUGGGAGCCAACUUUCCCCAUCCGGCUGCACAGUUGAGAAGCGAUUUUGUUCAGGGACAGCCUGUUCGUCCGGCCAGAUUGGACAACGACGAUGUGACUCCCAAAACUAUGGCUCCCAGAAACAACUCUAGGAAUGAAAACGUUCACGCUGGCUACACUCCUGGAUCGCACGCAAACCCUGUGGACAACAGCAACAGAGUAGAAAAGGAAGUGAUUGGGAGCAUGACUUACCAUCACUACAAAGGCACUGGCACGCACCUGGAUCAAACUGGAAGACCUUCUUCCGCUACCAACUACACUUCACCUCCUGUGAUUCGCACAAUACAAUCGAAUUCGAAGCCCCCCCUUCGACAGAGACAUCAAGAAGCAUGGAUACCGCCAAAACAGCACGAGGAAUCAUCUUAUCGUGAGCCGCGGACUUCCUAUGGAUUGUGCCCGACAGCCCCACCUCUCCCCACGAGCAAAUAUUCAUAUCCUGCAUGCUCCAGCCGCGGCAUGUCCCGCUGGGAUCUAUCACAAACCACCGACUUGACCUGGGACCAAUCCACAACGAGGACCAUGUCCACGCUUUCGUAUUCGGGAAUGUAUCCCUUUCAAGACUGGCGCAGUGCAGCUACGGGUGGGCAGCAAGAUCGAUGGGCUAUCUAUCAACCCAUUCAAAGCUUAGCGAAGGGGGUGAACGCAACAUUGUGCGAAAACCUCUACCCUAAGCAGGAGCAACCGCCAUCGGUUCCCUUUGAUGAGAUGGAGAUGGAUUACCGAAGGAAGCGCGGAACCGCUGCUCCUAAGCAAGAAGUCCUUCGCUCACAAUCAUCCAUGUCAUCGUUUUACGAGAGAGGGUAUCGAGACUACCGUCGGCCAAUCCGAUCACAAUCGGCGUCCCAAGAUUCACGGGUACGACAUGCAGAAAGCUCAAUGGAGUCGCGAACGACCGAGCAACCCACAAUUCUCACGGCAGAAAGCGACAAACGAAGGCAGCUACUCUAGGUUGCCAGGGCUAGCUUUGACUUUGUCACGCAUCGCCAAACUCCUGUCGUCUCUGUUUCGGUUCACGGUCAACCUCUUUCGUCAUGUUUGUUCCAACUUGGAUUGUCUCGGAUAACCAGCUAGCUAGCUAGCUAGCUAGCUAGCCAGGUACUGUGGGAAGUGAUAGAUAUCAUACAAGUGAGCAUUGUACCGCAAGCUAGAUGUAACUUUGAUGUAAAGGGAUUAAAGGAAACAACUGGACCGACCUCUUGAUGUUGUCAUUUUUUGUGUGAAGGGAUGGACCAACAGCACCAUACCGAUACCGUAAUAAGCCAACGUACAGCUGUUAGCUUCAUCCCAAGCGGCAUUGUGAAAUCAAAUCUUUGGAAGUCGUACAUGUAUUACAGAAAUAUGCUACGCUACCCUGAUCCCUCAUAAUUUGACAGCUUUUGCUGUGUAUUUUGGGGGGUGGACGUUCCGUGGAUUCGGUCACUUGGAACUUCGAAAUUGCCACCGCUUGCGGAGAAUUAAAUUUUCCUUGGAGAAAGGCUCUUAUGGGAAGCUACGACCACUGAGACCAAAGCACGAAUGGUCUGGUACCGGUACCGGUAUUAAAUAUCAGCCGGACCAGUAACGAAUUAAUUUUGACGAUAUCGAUGGACACACGCAAGAAAGAUAAAUCGAGUUCGCUGCGUUUAUGCGUUUAUUACAGGUUGUCAGGAGAAAGUACCAGGUAUGUGUACUAGUAGAUGAUAACAAAGAUUCUCCACGUGGUUUCGCCUUCCCUUCUAAGCCACCUAAAAAUGGCUGUGUAAAUGCGGACCACACAAACAACAGUAAAGGUUGACCAGCCACCAGCCAUUAUCAAUAGCUAUCCAUAUACCAGUGAGAAUCUGAUAGCCGGAGAGUUGCCGGGGUUUAGCUAGUGGCGACGUGCUGCAGCCGAAGGGCUUGAAUGACGACGUAGAAGGCACGGAACUCUGUGGUCCUCAAACGCCACAGCACGAUCACCUCUGCAAUUGUGCUUUAAUUAAAAUUCCUCAUUAUUUAUUUUUGAUCGAUAACUGAUCCAUGCAGGAUUAGAAGUAAAAACUCCACAAGUGGAUGAAAACCGCGCAGAAAAGGUGCAAAGAGACAGGGACGAAAAAAACUUUCUCACAUGCCGAGCCAUGACUACUGAAAUAAUGCUGGUACAUAUGACAUACAUGCUAGGCCAAUGUGUUGGUACAAUCCACUAUAGAAUGUGGAUUAGUAUGACUACCCUUCUUCC